UCAGACAAUUCCAACACGAAAUUCAGGACAUGAAGCUUUGGCCUCUGCCCCUUCUCUUGGCUGUUGUGUGUGUAAAUGGGCGACUUGACCUAGAAAUAAAUGAGAAGCACCAUGCUGCAUUGGGAGCAUGCCAGGCCUGCAAGGCUGUGGUGAAGUCAUUCAAAGCAGCCAUGGAGAAGACGGCUCGCGGCUACCACGAGGGUGGAGACGCCGACUGGGAAGAGAAGAAACUCAAAAACUAUGCUCACUCUGAGGUCCGCCUGGCAGAGAUCCAGUCCAUGCUCUGUACGGACAUUGUCGUCGGCAAGAGCCAGUGUCACGACGUGGCCAACGACGCCGAGGAGGCGAUAGAGACGGAGUGGUGGCCGGCCGAGCCGCGGCCCGACCUCCACCUGUGGCUGUGUGUGGAGCGGCGGCGCGUCUGCUGUCCGGCCGGACACUACGGACCCACCUGCCAGCCGUGUCCCGGCGGCCCGGACACGCCCUGCUCCGGACACGGACACUGCAAGGGUGAUGGCUCAAGGAAGGGCAGCGGCGCCUGUGCCUGCAACAAGGGCUAUUCUGGCACGCUGUGCAACGCGUGCAACGUCACGGACCACUACGAGGCCUACAAGGACGAGAAUAAGCUGGUCUGCUCGCCGUGCCACAAGUCCUGCGACGGAGCCUGCGCAGGGGCUGGCCCUAAGCACUGCGUCCGCUGCGCCUCGGGCUACCAGUGGGAGUCCGAAUACGGCUGCUCGGACAUCAACGAAUGCCUGAAGCCGGAUACGUGCCGCACCAACCAGCUGUGCAUCAACGACCCCGGCAAAUACACCUGCAUGGACUGCGACAGGGCGUGUGCCACGUGCCACGGCGACGGUCCCGAUAUGUGUCACGAGUGUGCUACUGGAUACGUCAAGAAAGGCAAACUUUGCGUCGACGGCGAGGCGGUCGGCAAGGAACAGCACGUGACGGUGGCGCGCUACCUCACCUACCUGGGCCUGUGUCUGGCCACCUGCAUACUGCUGCAGCGGAGCGUCAGCCUGGCCGCCAUCGUGGGCCUCCUGGUGGCCGGCUACAUCACACUGUCCGAGUACCACCUGGACAGCCGCAGCAGCCUCUGACCGCUGGCCGCCGGCUAGCCGCGCCCCGCACAGUGAGACACUGAGACAUUGAGACACUGGAGACAAUAGAGAGACAGUGGGAAACAGCGGGAGACCGUCAGAGACAGUGGAGAGGAAGAGUGGAUACUGGGACUGGCGAGGCCGGAGUGCGAGUUGGUUACUAGAGGCGAAGGAGACAUGACUGAAGUCAGUGUGGAGUUUGGGGCAAUCGGUGCGAGUGCUGGUGUGAGGGGUCUGGCGAGUGGGGCGUGUGGGAAAGAAUGGUGGUGGAUGCUUAGUGUUACCUUAUAGGUCGGGAGUUUUACAGAUAGACUUGGAAAACAGCGAUGCAACAGAAGAAUGUGUGCUCCGGCGAAGAUGCGGCAGUAGGUAUUCUUUUAUGAAGAGGAGUGCGACAGUGCGAAAGCAGAACAAUCAUGAAUCGUGAGAAGAUAUCGUGGCCGAUGGAUCGACUCUUAGGACACGGCGUUAGUGUUGUGCUGAUGAAGUCAGUGCAGCUAAGGAAACAUCAGUCUCGACGUUGUGCCAUGUCUCGCCGAAGUAUCUUCUCACCGCUCCUAGUAUCGCGUUUGUGGAUAGAUCGCACCCAGUGGUCAAGUCGGCUGUCGUGGUGCCUACGGUUACAUCUUAGCAACUUUCAUGGCUUCUUGACAUUCUAUAUCCACGUCUGACCUCAAUAUUGCACCGACUGUAUUCCACAAUGAGGAGUUUGCACCUGCACUGUUUCUCUACGUUUGUAUUGCGAUUGGGGAGGUCUUGGUCUCGUGGAUAGAAGCUAAGGGCGGCGGGGUGAUAUCGUGAUAGCCGUUUGUCUGUGUGUGCUGGCAUUCUGAAGGUGGCACUCUAUAGUGAAUCGAUUCCAGCAGUAACUCCCACUUAGCGCUGCAGGUAGAGAUGGAUUCUGGUCGGAAUCGCGGAUCUGCCAGUUUUUGAGGUGUGGGAAAUAGUUCCAUGGACGGGUGCGCGCACAGCUUGAGUUGGCGGAAAAGAUUUGAAUCUAGUCUUGUUUUUCGUUGAGUGGUCCUCGCGAUGUAUGUACUUGGUCAUAAAGGAUUGUGAUAUUGAAUUCUGUGGAUCUGAGACAUGAGCUGGUCCA